CUCGCCCACUUGGCAUGUUACUGUUCAACGAACAACGACUACUAACCGCCUUGGCUGGUUAUCAGCCUAUCGUUUGUGGCGCUGCUUGCAGUCUCCAAGUGGUGAGUGUAGGGAUGCCCAUCGAGGCUCUGCCCUGGAUGUGGAAAACAUGUAUACAUAUAAGGGCAAGGUUUUACCUCGAGGGUUGACUCUUUCUUCCUCUCAGCAUCGCCUCUGCAGUCUACAUUCCUUUCGACCACCGCUCUUUUCUCCCAACAACCUCUUUCGUUCAAUUCACACAUAUCUUCUUCCGAUCCUCUGGCAGGUAUCCACAUUCGAUUCUCAUAUACAUCAUGAAGUACUCUUUCGUCUCUGCUCUGGCACUCGCCGCCUCCGUCAAUGCCCACGCCAUUAUGCAACGUAUCAUGGUCGAUGGUGUUGACCAAGGCUCCUUGACCGGCAUCCGUGCUCCUCCCACCAACAAUCCCGUCCAAGAUGUCACCUCCACCGACCUGCUUUGCGGCAACAUGGCCGGCACCUCAUCCAAGCUCAUCACCAUUCCCGCUGGUGCCGCCGUUGCCGGUGCCUGGGCUCACGGUCUUGGUGGUCCUCAAGGCUCCGGCGACUCCGACAACCCGAUCGCCUCCUCCCACAAAGGCCCCACCCAGGUCUACCUUGCCAAAGUCGACGACGCCGUCUCCGCAUCUGCUACUGGCCUGAAGUGGUUCAAGAUUGCCAGCGACGCAGUCACCUCAGCCGGCGUCUGGGGUGUCGACAACAUGAUCAAAAACACCGACGCCAAUGGCUUCGGCUGGCAGAAAUUCACAAUGCCCAGCUGCAUCGCCCCUGGCCAAUACCUCAUGCGUGUCGAACUUUUGGCCCUGCACUCCGCAAACUCGCCCAACGGCGCUCAGUUCUACCAAUCCUGCGCUCAGAUCAAGGUCACAGGCUCUGGUUCCUUCUCUCCUGCUAGCAACGCCUUGAUCUCGCUGCCUGGUGGUUACUCGGCUUCUGAUCCUGGUAUCUCGGUGGAUAUCUAUCAGCCUAGUAUUUACACUUCCUACAAGGCUCCUGGUCCUGCUGUGAUUGCUUGUGGCGCUGGUGGUGCUGCUCCUGCUACCUCGGCUACGUCUGCUGCUCCUGCUACGUCAAAGGUUACUUCUACUUCUGCUGCUCCUGCUACGUCAAAGGUUACUUCUACUUCUGCUGCUCCGGUUACUACGGCUAAGCCUACUACUUUGUCUACUGUUUUCAAGACUUCGACUUCUGCCGCUGCUCCCCCUGCUACUACGACCGCGGCCUCUGGAUCUGGUGGUGCUGCUGCUGCCAAGUAUGCUCAGUGCGGUGGAAAUGGAUGGACUGGUGCUACUACCUGCGUUUCAGGCUCGACUUGCACAAAGCAGAACGACUUUUACUUUCAGUGUAUUUAGGCUUGAGCAGAUGUCGGAUAGGAGGCGUGGCUGAGUUGCGGGAAUAUGUUUGGUGAUUUGAUGAGAUGCAGUCCUUCAAUUCGUAUAUGACCAUCUUUUUUCUCUUCUUAUAGCACAGCUACCUCAUAUGUCGGAGACAUGGUGCUCCAUGAUAUACUCGACUUACGUUUGUGUCAGUCGAAUGUGAUCUCCAAUACUUUACUUUCAAGCAAUCCGGGAAUCCCUGUGAUACAAAACCAAGGCUGCUUCUCCGUAUCGUGCUGUGGUAAGGCCCUACAUACAGCAUUUCUCUCUGCCUCAUAUCUCCAGCCC